CAGGAGAAAGAAGCUAUUAAAUGCAAUAUAUUCAUACAGUAUAGACAUUGUCUGGCUAUGAUGUUAAAAGUGCACUGUUGUUAGCCAGAGGGACUGUCAGACAAUUUUUUUUGUCUGAAUAUGUCUUCAUUUUAGCUAACUGUUCGAACGGCAACAUGAAAAAUUAUGCCAAAUAAGGCCAGUUAACAUGUUUAAUAACACGUAUGCAUACAUUACAUUGUUGGACGGCCAUUGCAAAGGCGAUCUGAGUUAAUUUUUCUUUAAAAAAAUAAAAAAUCAUUUGUAAACCGGGUCGUUCGUAAAUCGAGGUUCCACUGUAAUUGUUGGUGUGGCAUUAGUUUAAGCGGACUGUUUAUUCUUCAUGAUUUUAAAUGAAGAUCAGGCCCCAUCUUGCUAAGGGUUCAUUUACUUUUUCCUCCCCCUGUAUAUUGCGGUAUGGAAAAGAAAAAAAAAUAACAGGCAAAAAUAAAACAUAGAUGUGAAAACAAGAACAAAUUUCACUUUUCCCCUCAGAUUGAUUGUUUUGACAGUUUAUAAUAGCUUCAUUAGAAGCCUGCUGUCAUUUCCACACGACAUUAGGUAGAAAAAAAUGUGACUCAUAUCGGUUCCAGACACCCAAUUGGCACGUUACAUUCAGGUGGCAGACGUCGAGUUGAAGUUUGCUUGCUAGCUGGUAGGAAAAAAUUUUAAUGGCGGCUAUCGGUACAUUUUUCCCUCUAUUUUCUGUCCUCCUUCCCAUGAUGCAACACGGUUUACAAUAAAAAUGAAGAAUUACAGUAGUACUGUAUUUUUUUGCGUUUGCAUUUUUAUUUUAUUUUUUAUUAUUUUUUUUGCUUUGCGUUUUACAGUAGUAUACUUAAAUACUGGACCAAUUUUUACAGCAAAGCCACAGUGUAAGUCUACAAGACCAGCAGCUUCUUUCUCAUUCAAGACCAGGGCGAACACAAAUCUUAAAAGAAUUAUUUUUUUUUUUGUUUUUAAUUGAGCCAUAGAUCCGUUUAUGGGAGCGUUCGCGAAACGUCAUCGUGACAUAAUUCUGACGCAUGCACAUGAACAUUGGCUGGUAUUCAUUCAUUCAUCCAUUCUUUUCAUCGCUGCAUCCAUUAUCCACUUUUCGCAGUGAAUUUAAAAAACACCAUUUUCAUGUAAUCUAGGCUCUUGCAUCAGAUGCAGCUCAUUGGUAAGUAGCCCUAUUUUUCUUUUCUUUUUUUAAAUUUAUUGAUUGAUUUUUUUUGAAUAGCAACAGACAAAAAACUAUACGCUUCUUACUGGUGAGGUAUUUUUACAACAGGCUGCUCAUGUCGUCCUUGACACCAUUUUUGGUGACCCCUGUUGUAGACACGUUCCAUACAUCAAUGCGGUAAUAUCCAUUUAUUUUUCUAUACUACUUAUCCUCUUCAGGCUAAUGGGUAAACUGGUAAAGUCAUUAAAUAUUUUUUUCAAAACAACUCUGGUGGAGAAUCAAACAAAAAAAGCAUUUUUUUGUUUUUUUUUAGUUGUUUUUUUUCUAAAGAACAGACACAAAUUUUCAAAGCAUCGACUUGAUUGCAAGGUUGUUUUCGAAGACGUUUCGCUUCUCAUACUUUCAUCAGUCCAUGCUCAAUGACUAGCUAGGACAAUGCUUGUCAGACUAGUUGUGAUCGAUUCAAUUCCCUAUCAGAAUUCAAAGACCUGGAUGACUGACGAUAUUCACAGGCAUAACAGACACAAACAUUUCAAUUAAAACCAUUCAAUGUGGCCCAAAGACCAAACCACCAUAGAUGGUGCAUACUUUUCAGAUAUGGUACUUUUCAGCAUUCGACACAAGAGGUCAGUAUUAAUCUUCCAUUCCAAUAUUCCUGAGAGGUAAAUUUAAGUGUGAGAGGCCAUUGAAGGGCCAAGGUCAUAAAGAUUACCACGCCAAUAAAUACUUUGAUAAGACAAAAAAAGAGCUCCGCUUUAAAGCAGCUGCCUUCUACAACAGAGUAUCACUUUAACCGAUGACAUUUUUGCUCGCUUAAUCAUAUAAUAAAUGUAAUGAUUAUCGUUAGCCUAAUAGAAUAACUGCCCAAGUCAAUUUUAACUUACUGACACGAUGUUGAUAAAAUAUUAACAAUGCUUUUGCUAAAAAAAAUAUUGAAUUUCUUUAUGUGUGUGUAGAUUCUCUGUCAUCCAGGUGAUAGUAAUCUCCAAAAGUUGAAUAAAUGUCAGUGAACUCUUUUUGUUGGUCAAAUCUGUUGUUUUUUAAAAUUCAUUUUUAAGGUAAAAAAAAAAAAAUGACUAAGGCAAUUAUGUGUGGCAAAAAUGUGUGAUAAGGCACCAGUGUAAUAUCAAAAGAUGUGUUUGUGUGUGUGCGUGUGCGCACGCUCUUUGCGGACAUUGACAAGAAAACUUUUGAACGCUGAUUAGAAUUUCCUUAGAAGUAUGCCGUUGCAUGGCGCCGCUCCUCCUCCAUGAUGACCAUGUGAUGCAGGUCGAUCACAGGUCACCGGGCGAGAGAGAGCAUCCUGAAUUUCUUCACCUUUCAGGGAGCAGAGUGCAAGAUAAGCACCAAACAGCAGAGAAGGAAGUCAGAGCAGAGUUUUCUUCACCAGACGUGCCGUUUGUGUUAUUUUGGAGGGUUUCUGUGCUCAACAUACCAAUAUCAUGAAUGGCAUAUAACACAUUGGUUAAAAUGCUGCAAAUGUGGAAUGGAGAUGAUAUCGAGAAGCGGUCUGACCGGGAAACGUGCAAAAAAUUGUCUCAUUCUAUCGAGGAGAUCCUAAGAAAGCCCGCUUGCAUCAGAGAAGAGGAAAAAGUUCAUCGCGACUGCUCUGUUAUUUCAAACCAGCUUGUGUGUGCAGAAAGUCCAGAAAUCAGACAACACAGAGAGUUGCCAAAAUCCACUGCGGACUGUACGAUUGGGAGAAAAAAGAGGCAAACCAGGGUUACCUUUACACCAUCCCAGGUGCGGGAGAUGGAGAAGGUCUUCCAGCAGACUCACUACCCUGACGUCAACACCAGAGAGCAGCUUGCCUCACGUUUGCUCCUCACCGAGGCGCGCAUACAGAUUUGGUUUCAGAACCAUCGAGCCAAAUGGAGGAAGACUGAAGCAAUGAGGGCCAUUGGGCCGGCGGACAGACGGCACACACACUCGCCCAAUAAUAAUCCCCAGUUAUUUUAUGAGGUGUGUUUCAAUACUGUAAGCACACACACUGGACACUUCAUUGGGUACACCCGCACAGUUUAAUGACACGCAAUAUGGAAUUCGGCCUUUUAAAAAAAACAUUUUUUUUAUUUUUUUUUUAAAUACUGAGUUUUACGUGACACUGUCACAAAGGUUUUCAUUGGGUGUUUAUGUUUAUUAUGGUGGUUGUAGUUUGCGGUGCAAUGUAUGUGAAAAUACAUAGCACCUACUGUUCUUGCACAGUAAACGAUGACACGAUUCGGUUUACGACAUCAGCAUCGCAACGCUUUUUCAUUCAUGACUUUUCUCUUAUGAACCGAGCUAAUUUAAAACCGGUUGAGCUUGUACUCGGUGGACUUUCUUGAAAAUAAAAUCCUUCUUUAAAUGGCA